GCGACGAAGACAGUCAUUGAGCUCGUUAAGGAGAAAAGAAAAAGAUCAUUUCUAUGACCUGCAGUGAGACAGUGAUCGAUAGCUGAUGAGAGGCGUCGUCGGAAUCUGAUAAGCGUUGAGCUUUAUUUCUCGAUGAACGGAGACAAAAGCGCCUCGAGUGAGAUCAUCAACGUGGAAGUAGAGGUCUUCGUGAAACAGAAAGAGAAGCGGGAGGAGAGAAGGGCGAGAAGAGGGCGAAGCGUCUUUUAGGUGGGGGUUGGUCGAGUAAAAGAGGGAGGCUCUUCUCGAGGGAGGAAGGGAGAGCUGCGGGCUCUGAGUGUGGUAAUUCGAAAAAUAAGUCUCCGCGGGCGACAAGCACACUUGACCGAAGCACACUCGAAUCAGAAGGGUCGAGCACUCGGGAAUAACAAUUAAUAACGCCAGUCGGCCUACCAGCGAUCCUCUGGCUGCUCGACGGCCUCCAGGGAUUAUGUGAACGCGGAAGACGCCUAACAUUCGUCGGCCGAUCCUCCGUUCUAACGUGUCGACGACGGACAAGCGAGAAUGGCAGCAUGCGUGACUGAGAAAAUUUGACGUAUGAUCGUUAGAUUUUUUUUGGACAAGUUUAUAAGGGUGAAAAAAAGUCCAAGUUUUUUGUGAAGAAAAGACAAGGUAGUGAAAUUGCACGGUGAGAAUCUAUAACAUGUGACGCGACGACCUUUCUCGUGUGUGGACAAUCAAUGGUGAUUGUAACUAUGAGGAAGAAGAUCGAAGAAGAAGAAGAGAAGAUCUGAAAGGAAGACAUCAAGUGCAUAGAAAGAACUGUUUCGAAGCAGCUGUCAUUGUUGCGAGGAAGAGAACAGUAGCAAAGCACGGAGUGAUGGAGGACGACAAACGCAGCGAAGCCUCGCCGAAACCCUCUCAACCGACCCCUUUCAGUAUCGCUGAUAUCCUGAGCCGGAGAAACUCUUGCGCGGAUCCGAAGAGAUGCGACGUGGAAAAAAUCCAGGCCGCCGUUUCCACGUCGAUGAGAAGACACAAUCGCGAGUACGAGCGCGUGGAGAACGAGCAGCUUGACGGAAGCUACGAUCAUGAUCAGGUGAUUCAUUAUCCGAGACUGCCCACCCCGGAGUUGAGCAUGGCACACGAGUUGGAUAUCUUGAGGAGAAACCUGGCGCAAGCGAACUUAUCAAAUUUCGGAGGCAUCCCGCACUUGACCCAGGGAACAUUCAAGAAUCACUUCGAGACUCUGGGAAACCUGACGGCAUAUCAGCCUGUUAAGGAGCCGAUGGAGACUUCUCAUAGACAGCAAGACGAAGCCUUAGAUAUGAGUAAAAAUAAAUAUCUAGAUGAGGCGGAGGACGAUACGUACGAGUCGCAAAAUUCAGGCCAAAGUUUGCAGAACAGAAAAAAGCGCAGCAGGGCAGCGUUCUCGCACGCACAAGUCUAUGAACUAGAAAGGAGAUUCGCCGCUCAAAAAUACCUGUCGGGUCCGGAAAGGGCAGAUUUAGCGCGUGGCUUAAAAUUAACGGAGACACAAGUCAAGAUCUGGUUUCAGAAUCGACGGUAUAAGACCAAGCGGCGCCAACAGCAGGAAUUGGGCGCCCUCGUAAACUCGGGAAGCGCCAGGCGUGUGGCUGUACGCGUCCUGGUACAUCCGGAUGAGCAUCUGAGGGGAUUACCUCUUCGUGGUUCCGGACAACUUCCCGGGCAAAUGUCGAGCCCGCAGAUUCAUCCCGCGAACAAAGCACUCGGCGGUUUCCCGUAUUAUUGUCUACCGUAUCACCCGCUACUCUGCCCACCCCUACAUGCCACCCAUGUUCAGGUACAAAGCCCGAUCACACGCGAUUUCGAUCCAAAUCAAAUUUCGAAGAUCAAAGACGAGAAGUGAAUGACAGACAUCUCUCGAAGUACCAAUAAUUAUUCCAUGUCUAAACGAAGAUGAUGGUACUUCAGAGAAUGAUGCAAAAUAUUAUCAUUUACAGAAUGAUACUUUUUAGAUAGAAAUAUUGUGAGGAGUGUUGAAAACACUUUUUUAGAAAGUUUAUGAUUUUGUCUGAGAAAUCAAUUGAAGGACUUAGGCAAUUUGCUCAAUUAUAUGAAAAUCAUAUAUGUAUAAAAUUUUUAGA